AUGCACAGCAGAAGAACAACAGUGUCCGUGUCGUCGCUCUCGGUGGUGGUGCUAGCCGCGGUCGCACUGGCCGUGGCCGGGGUCGCAGUUGCAGCCGACCGCCCGGUCGACGGUCUGCUGGACAGGGUGCUGGACAGGUGUUCGCUGGGACCGGGCGCCGUGGGAUGUCUGAAGGGCAACGUGUUGGAGUUCCUGCGGGACGGCCGCGCCGCCGACGUGGAAGCCGACGGUGACGUAGACGCAGAGCUGGUGCGAGCAGCCGGCGCGUACAUCGAGCGCCGGGUCAACGAGCCGAACGUUGUCGAGCCGGUGAGGGAAGCUCGGGCAAUGGACAACGAAGCUGGUCCAGCCGCUUCUGCCGCCGCCGCCGCAGCAGCAACAACUACCACCACAGCUAGAGCUGACAUGGAGAUGGGCAUGAUGCAAGACAAAAUGCUGAUGCCGCUCAUGAUGAUGAUGAAGAUGAAGCUCAAGAUGCUCAUGCCCAUAAUGAUGGCCCUCGUCAGCAUGAAGGCCACCAAGGCGCUGGUGCUCAGCAAGGUGGCCAUUAUGCUGGUGCUCGGGUUCCUCCUCAAGGAGUUCCUGAAGAAGUCCGGCAUUCCCGGGCUCCCGUUGCACCUGCCCGGAUUCCCGGGGUCCGCCGAACCGUCGUCCACAUCCGGACCUCCACCCAUGUACGGGCCACCGCAGUCUUCCGGUUACGAGUCGUCCAGCUCGUGGGAGCCAACGGGUUACUCGAGCCAUGCCUCCGAUUCCCAUUCGAUGGCCUACAACAGUUACCAGCCGUCGCCGUCGUCGUCUUCGUCCGGUUCGUCGGCCAGCCUGUCGUCUAACAAAUAUUGA